GCGGUGGAGGAGGCGGGGGAAAAUGGCGGACGGCAGAGCUGAGGGGGAGAAGGCGAAGCGGCCGCAGCCCGCAGGAGGACCUGAAGAAGAGGCAGAAAAACCUGUGAAAACUAAGACUGUUUCUUCCAGUAAUGGAGGAGAAAGUUCGAGUCGCAGCGCAGAGAAACGGGCAGCUAAUGAAGAAGCUGAAGACUUCACCACAAAGCCUGCUCCUGCCAAAAUGUCCAAGUUUGGAUUUUCCAUAGGCAGUCAGACUACAAAGAAGGCAUCUGCAAUAUCCAUCAAACUGGGAGCAAAUAAGCCUAAAGAGCCUGUUCCAACCCUGGCUCCAAAAACCCUUUCUGUAGCCGCAGCUUUCAACGAAGAUGAAGAUAGUGAACCAGAGGAAAUGCCCCCUGAAGCCAAGAUGCGCAUGAAGAACAUCGGAAGGGAUACACCAACCUCAGCAGGACCAAAUUCGUUCAAUAAAGGAAAGCAUGGAUUUUCUGACAACCAGAAGCUAUGGGAACGAAAUAUAAAAUCUCAUCUUGGAAAUGUCCAUGACCAAGAAAAUAACUAAAUGAUGUGGAUUACAAGUUGGGUGUUUUGGGGGGAGGGUGUAACAUUAAAGGAACAGUUUCCUUUUUUAAGAAUGGUAUGAGACUAUCUUUGGAGCCACUUUUUUAAGACUUUGAGUGGUACACUAAUAAAUGAGUUUGAAAUUAGAGGUAAUUUAUGUUUUGUAUACAGAUUUCAAGGUAUUUGCUAAUUUUGUAGUUCAUGUGAUUAGUUUCAAAAGGUUACAGAUAAUAAAGAAAUUGGAGUGGUACCUUUUUAAGAUAAUUUUUUUUUGUCAGUGAUUAAAUAAGGUGGAUGAAAAAGGUUACUGUCUCUUUAAUCAGUUUAAAAUUGAAUGCUCUUGCAUUCUCAUUUCUGGCUCCCUCUUCAUAACAGGAGAAGCAGUUGACUCCUAGGAAUUCUGCUAAAGAGAGUGAGCAUUGUCUUGUGCUAGAAGUGUUACUGGACUAUUAAUUUGAAUAUAAUCUUACACAGGAAAUAAUAAGAACCUGGAUUUCUUUUUCUCCCUGCAGUCGCCUUCUGUUAAGUCUCUGCAAACUAGGAAUUACGUUGCUCUGAGUGGCUCUGGUAACUUAGCUGAUUUUGUUUAAAACUUCAUGUAGGAUGUGUAACCUUCAGUGGCCUGUUCUGUCCUAAGGAAAUGGGCCUUGUCUGUAUAUUAGACACAGUCUGUAAAGAAUAUUCACUACAAAGGUAAAUCAGUAUUUUCAGUGUGCUCCUUUUAAAUCAUUAGCCUUAAGUAGUGCUUGUUAGCAUUUCCUAGUGGUACACAAAAGCCACCACCAAAAAUACAAGCUAAUGUACUUUAAGCUUCACCUUUGGUUGAAAUAUUUUUUCUUUACUAUGCCUAGAAGGAAUAAAAGCCACACCAAAAAUCGGUAACUCACUGCUUAAGUAUGAAAAAUCUAAGAUGCACUUUCCCUGUCUUGCCAUUUAAGACAAAAUGCCUUGAUGCCUAUGACCUCAGUGGACAGUAUCAGGUCAAAAGAUGCUAUAUCUGCAGUCCUAAUGUUUCUAACAAGUGUUGACUUCAGAAAUAAAACUUGACCUUUUUCUGCCUGUCUUCCUUUUGCAGUGAUUUUCAGCAGUGACAUGAAUCUGGUCAGUUUAUUUCUUAGCUUCCAUAAUGCCGGAGAGUGCUGAAGGAUUUCAGUACUAGUAAUAACUGUCUAAAUUUAAGUCUAAUUUAGAUUGUGUAUUUGUAAAUCAUUUCACUUACAGAAAUGGUUACACAGAACAUUAUCAACAGCAACACCACCACCUCCCCUACCCUAAACAAACAAGAUUCUUUUUAAACUCAAAUACCUGGUAGUGUCAGCCACUAAAUUAAUUUCAGCUGGAAAAUGGUUUUAGCAUUCAUAACAUUAAUUGCUUUCAUCCUGCCUCUCAAACUGUCUUCUUGCUAAAGUUGAACUUGCAAGUGCAGAAAGGAAAGUGCAUCUUGAAAUGUAUUUUUUUAUUAUUAUUUUAGGAAAGCUCUGACCACUUAGACUUUUGAGUUUGUAAGUUCUAAAAAUAUUUUUUUGUAUUUUUGUAUUGUAUGUGUAAUCUUUUUUCUUUUGAAGUCUGAUGCAGUUGAAUACCUGUAACUGUUUUCUUUUAAAAGCCUUGUUAUAAACUUAACAUAAAAAUGUAUACAUUAUUUUUCUUCCAUAGCGGAAAUAUUUGGUUUAUUUAAGAAAAAACACACUUUCAAAACUGAAUUUCAGGACCUCAAAACCAAUUUGGGCAUUACUUGAACUAGGCAAGACAAACUUCUCACUUAUUUUCAUCACAUGUAGUUAUGUUUGUCUAAAUAAAUCCUUUUAAGAUAGUG